UUUUGUGUAGAUCUAGGCCUCCUAUAGCUUGGUUCAGCUGUCUCAUUGUGUUGCACUUAAUAACAUUUUAGGCAUUAUUACAGCAGCAUUGGGUUUGUAUUCACACCAUUAAUUCCAAAACCACUCAGACCUGGUUACCCUGGGUUAAAGAGGGGAACCCAAACAUUUAUUUUAAAAGUUUAGUUCUUGAGAAGGAAGUAGUCCUGUUCUGCCCCAUGCAGACUCCAGAUGAACAAGGAAAUGGGGUGUACGCUUGCUGCUCCAGAAUAAGUGGGAACAAUUUAGCUACCAGGCCCUAAUGGAACUCCUUCACCUGUGGAUACAAGUGUACCCAGAAGCUCCGGAGCUCAGGUUAGAGGGGUGGGAAGGGGGAAGUCCCAGGAAGGGGUCUCUGUGUUAUGUCUUUCUGACCAAUACCUUCCUACAAACACUGGUCAAGCUCUUGAUACCUUUCUUUGUCUUUCAGUCUUUCAGUUUAUAAAACUAGGAUGAUGCGUCAUUCACUUUAAAAUCAUAAAAAUUAAACAAAUUAGACAACAGUAAAUCACACAAGCAUUUAAAGCUUCAAGAGUGGGCUUCUUUCCUUUUCUAGGCAGAAAUAGUUUUGGUUCCGCAUAGGUUUUUUAACGUUGUGACUGUAGCACUGCCUUGUUUAAUUAAUAUUUCACCCCUUUUCUUUUUCUAAAGCAUUUAAAUGGUACUCCUUUUAUCUUCAUAACAGCCUUAUUGGUCUCUCUUUUAUUUGGGGGGCUGGUGAAUACUUUUGGAAGUUUAUAAAAGUUGCGGGCACCCUCAUAAAAUGGCUUCUUUUAUGGGCAGGGCUGUGAAUAAAAACAGCCCUUGUUUCACCAAAUGGCAAACUGGUGGUACUAAAAGAUAAGCGUUUGUCUAAAACAGUGUUUCUCAACCUUAGCAACUUUAAAAAUAUUCCCAGAGAUCUCCAGCCCCUGACAUCUUAAAGUUGCUAAGGUUGAGAAGCAGUGGUCUAAAAAGCCAAAUACAAGGCAAAGGUGGGGUGUGAACACCAGUAUACUUCCCAUUUUAACUUACAUUUUCUCUCUUAUUCAAGGUACCCCCAUCCCCAACUCUUGCUCCACACUUUCAUUCUGUUGUGUGCUACUUUUGGAGAGUUUUCCAAAAGGCAGCACAGAAAUACAAUCAAAAGAGGCUGUGGAUUCCAAACUGCUGAAUGUUUUUUUCGGAAUCCAGAUCCAUGCUUAAGAAAUGGCUAUUCCCAUUGCAGCUACUGUACUGCAAUGGCAUGAAGGCCCUUUUGGAAUAAAUCAUGGCGUAGAGCUUCAUGCUGAUGUUAUAGAAUAUGCAAAGCAGAAACUGGACUUCUUCAUCAGAACAAGUGACAGCUUUGACAAGUUUGAAUUCUGCGAGCCUUCCUUUGUCUCUGGAAACUGCUUAGAAAUCUCUCCAGACUGCUCUCAAUACGACCGCGUAUACUGUGGAGCUGGGGUCCAGAAGGAGCAUGAAGAUUACAUGAAGAACUUGCUGAAAGUUGGUGGGAUUCUCGUCAUGCCCCUGGAGGAAAAGCUGACCAAGAUUACUCGAACAGGCCCUUCAGCCUGGGAGACCAAGAAAAUCUUGGCUGUGUCUUUUGCUCCUCUAAUCCAACCCAACCAUUCAGAUUCAGGGAAGUCAAAACUUGUUCACUUGCCACCGGUGAUGGUUCGCAGCCUUCAGGACCUGGCUCGCAUUGCCAUCCGCAGCACCAUCAAAAAGCUGAUCCAUCAAGAAACAGCGGGCAAAAAUGGAAACGGCCUCAGAAACCCGCCAAGGUUUAAGCGGCGGCGUGUCCGGCACCGCCGCAUGGAAACCAUUGUCUUCUUGGACAAAGAGGUCUUUGCAAGCCGGAUCUCCAACCCUUUGGAGGAUAAUAAUUGUGAGGAAUUGGAGGAGGAGAGCAGGGAGGAGGUGGAAAAACCUAUUCCUGAACUGAAGCCAGAGCCUCCUACAAACAUCCUGAGGGAGAAGGUGCUGAGCCUGCCUCUCCCUGACCCUUUGAAAUAUUACCUGCUUUAUUAUAGAGAGAAAUAGGACCUUGUGAGCGGUCAUCAGGGAGGUAGGCGGGACAAUAAAGCACUCAGGAGGGCUGACAAACACAUGCCACUUGCUUGCCUUUUAACCCAACCACCCUUGUGGUGAGCUAACUGGGGAACGCGGCUGCCGUGAAUUUAAAAUGGGAUAGCCUUUUUUCAGAUUCUUUCCCUUGAUUUGUGCGCUCUGGUUUUGUCCUACAGCAGAACUUCCUUGGUGGGGAAGAGGGGGCGCGAAGCUGGUCCCGAGGCUGCCUCCAUCUUAAGGAAGUGAGGGUUUUGUGCUGGUAAAAACCAAAAGGAAAACCACAAGUUUGCUGAAAUAUCUGUGAAUAUCUCAACUGUUGUUGUUGUCCUCCCCCCC